AUUAGGGCUUCUUGGUAAACAGUUUACGUUAUUAGAAUUGUUAUAAAGCCUAGAUUUUUUACUCAGUUCUUGUCUUUUUUGAGAUCUGGGUUCUGUCUGCUUGCGUGUUUUGUCUGAAUGUUGUUCUCAUGGAAUUAAAAUGGAUCUUCAGGAAAAGAAAAAAAAUGGAGGAUGAGUGUAUAGAGAGUAAGCAAUCAACAGCUGUUUCUCCCUCUUCUGUGUCUGAAGGCAGUAGUAGUAGCUUCCUCAAGUCACCUGGUGCUGUUCCAACUGCUACAGUAUCUUCAACGCAUAGGAGGACGAGUGGUCCUAUGAGGCGAACCAAAGGCGCCGGCUGGACAACGGAAGAGGAUGAGAUAUUGAGACAAGGAGUUUGUAGGUUUAAAGCCAAGUCCUGGAAGAAAGUAGCUGAGUUUCUCCCUGAUAGGACUGAAGUUCAAUGCAUGCAUCGGUGGCAGAAAGUUUUGGAUCCAAACCUUAACAAGGGACAUUGGACGCAACAGGAGGAUGAGACAAUCGUUGAGCUUGUUGAAAAAUACGGGCCUAAGAAAUGGUCUCUUAUAUCACAGUCUUUGCCAGGUCGAAUUGGGAAGCAAUGUAGAGAGAGGUGGUACAACCAUUUGAAUCCUGGUAUCAACAAGGAGGCUUGGACCCCAGAAGAAGAGUUAGCUCUCUUGAAUGCUCAUGUAAUCUAUGGAAACAAAUGGGCUGAAAUUGCUAAGGUCUUACCCGGCAGAACCGACAAUUCGAUAAAGAACCAUUGGAACAGUUCAUUGAAGAAGAAGUCAGAGUUCUUAUUAGCUAAUGGUAGCUUACCACCAACACCCAAGUAUGCUACUACCAAGCCCACUCCUGCCAAGCCAGUGAUGGCAGCAACUUCAUCAGCAAAGAAUGGUGUUCUCGAUGGUGCAACUACACAGUUUAAAAAACCUGAUGAAGAAGGAAAGGACCAAACAAACUCUUCUGUUCUGCCCCAAGAAGUAGUAGCUGCUUCACCAGUCACCAGUGUUAGUGAGUACGCUUGUUCUCCUCAGUUGCCUAACCCAGAGAAUGGUUAUCCUCUUUACUACAAGCCUCAGAGAGAGUACUACUACAUGGCGUCAGAAGCGGAUAAGCAGCGUAUGUAUGGUUAUGAAUAUGGUUGCAGUCUAAGCACACCACCUGUUAUCUUCUUCACUCCACUGCCACCUUGUAGAAAAGAUUACAGUAACGGUUCAGGUCCAACGAGUCUUGAAUCUUUCUUGAGAGAAGCUGCUAGAACAUUCCCAAACAUGCCUUCUAUUAUCAGGAAAAGACCACGCAAGUUUGUUGUUGCUCCGGGUCAUAAUAAAACAGAUGAAGAAGAAGCUGCUAAAGAGGUUGUUGAUGAAAAGGUGAGCCCUGAUUGUGAAGAAGAAGAAGAGAAGCAGAAGGAUGGAUUAAAUGCUUACUAUAUAUCUCCCCCUUACCGGAUAGGAUCCAAAAGAAGAGCUGUGCUCAAGUCAAGACAGCUCGAGUUCAUCAGUCCAGAGGCAGAGAGGGGUGAUGAUGAAACCAAAUCACCUGAGAAAGAUAAAGUUGCUUGAUGGAAGAGAUUCUCAACUCCCAAGCUAAAAAGAAUAUAUAUUAUUCUCUUGACAAGCUGAUGUUUUAUAUUUGGCUUUUUAGUAUUUAUUUUAUUUUAUAGGGUUAACGUUUAAGGUUGUAUUUAAUCCAAUUAAUCCCCUAGACAUUACAUGAAUUAGGUUAGUGUCAAUACCCAAAAUAAUACACAAUGUCAUGGAGAUCAGUUUCACUUUCAGUCAUACAAAACUGCAAAAAUACCUCAGGUUUUAUGCAAACGAGAGUCUAAACUACAAAAAGAUGUUCAAUUAACAAUAUUAGAUUUAUUUGACUAAUUUAUUAUCAUAUUUAGUCAAAAUUAAAUUAGUUAAUUUGUUCCAUCAAAAGGUUAUAAUAUAUAUAUAUAAUUAUUAAUAAUGUCCAGGAUAAAUGCGAAAAACAGUUAGAAAGGAAAUAGAUAAAACAAUAAUUAUUAGAUUUAUUUGUCUAAUUUAAUAUCAUAUUUAGUCAAAAUUAAAUUAGUUAAUUUUAUGCAUUAAAGUAUAUAAUUAUUAAUUAUUAAUAUAAAUACGAAAAAUAAUUUAAAAAGGAAACAGAGAAAACAAAUAAAUAACAGAAAAGGAAACAGAGGAGAUAACUAUGCUAUAUAUAUAGAGAGGCAUAGAGAGCUAAAUAACGACUCAGAAUAUUACCAAAACCUAACUUUUCUCUCUUGUGUUUUCGAUGGAAGCCUUGUAUGCUGAUAUGCUCCUGC